AUGCUCAGUCUACCGGAGGAACCACUCGAGGCCUUUUUAACCAGACUCGAUUUUCUAUCGAUUAUAGCUUGUUCGUCAACUUGCAAAAAGCUCAAUCAGAUCGUCACCACUUCAAUACCUGUCCAGCUCAAGCUUCAUCGUGCUCUGUACCAAGACCAUACAAGAAGUUCUGAGAAGCUACAGGAGUUGAAAGACCCGGCACUUGCUGUAGACCAACUGUCGAAUUUGAUCAAACGACAUGAAGCAUUUGAAGAGUUCGAACCAUCGCUAACCACCUACGACCUUGGUGCGGGUCAAGAGAUAGUCUCGGCAUAUGGUGGAUAUAUAGCUACUGUACCAUGUGAGGGCCAUGAGGAUCCAGAAAUCGAUGAGAACGGAUAUACCAACAUAUUGACCUUGAUCAAGAUACCAGCAAGCAAAGCAAGUGCAAUUGAAAAGACGAAGAAGAAGGUCAUUCUAGAAGGUCAAGUGUCUUCCGUCAUAGUGGACAUUUCUAAAAACCUCGUCAUCGUCAGACAAUUCUCAGAAGAUGAUAUGCGCGUCAGAGCACACAUAUAUAGACUGUACAGCUCCAACGUCAUUGAGCCUGAUCAGCUGGAAUAUCAAGGAGCAGGAACAAUAGAUCUUGGACAGUUCUUUCCAGGUGAUGAGGAUGAGGUAGAACACGUUCCGUGGAGAAUAGCUGUUGGUCCCAAGGAUAUGUUCUUGGUGGAAGGAGAUGUAGACGUGAGAGUGUAUAGCUGGAUGGAUGGCAGACUCAUGUGUGAAAGCGAACUCAACAGGAGAGAAUACCGGUACGAGAAGCGACAAGGUAUCUCUAUAGUGUUCCCACCUGGAAAGCUGAAAGCAUUGGUUCAAGAUGUCUUGAAAGGAAAAGUUACCUCUACUAAUAGGAGUAAAGAAUGGACAAAAAGUACACUUCGGUUCCCUCCAGAGACAGCUGUGAUCGAACCGAAACACUGGUGGAGAUGCUCUUUCUGGGGAUUUGAAGAUUCUCUAACAGCAAAGAACGAUAGUUGUUCAUUUGGAAGUAAGGUUGUAUCCUAUCGAAAUAGCAUGGACUAUCAGGGGAGUCACGAUCAUCGGUAUGUCCAAUUGUUGGACCUCAAUCCUAAGAUUCUUAGCGUACAUCCACCUUUGGGGACUGCCUUGGGAGGUAUGGGGAGAAAGAUGGAUCUGGUAAUCAAGAAUAUCUCAAACCAAUACCAAAGGGAUACAAAGACCUUAAAGCGUGAGAUCACUUUCGGUAGUUCGACUCGAACGAUCGUGCCAUCCUCUGGAGAAACCCUAGGUGCCGUGUGUUAUCAACUCAAGUACGCCUAUCGAGACAAUCGUGUCGCAUCGAUACAUUAUGAAGGAGAGAUGAUUAUAGUGGAGUACGAGAAUUCCGAGGUAGAUGUGUGGCGAAUUGAAUAA